UCCCCUAGCUAGACAACGUCACAACAAAAUCCCGGAAGUGUCAGUCUGAAAACAGACCCGUCGCCGUUAGCUAACGGAGCGUUUCAAAAUCUAUUUGCUAAAUCGUCGCAUUUUAAACAGCUUAUACAAACGAAAUACUCAUAUAUUUUACAAAAUGGGAACCAGAGAUGAUGAAUACGAUUAUCUGUUUAAAGUGGUUCUGAUAGGAGACUCGGGUGUGGGCAAGAGCAACCUGCUCUCUCGUUUCACCCGGAAUGAGUUUAACCUGGAGAGUAAGAGCACCAUUGGAGUGGAGUUUGCCACCCGCAGUAUCCAGGUGGAUGGGAAAACGGUGAAGGCUCAGAUCUGGGACACGGCAGGACAGGAGCGCUACCGGGCUAUCACCUCAGCGUACUACAGAGGCGCGGUGGGGGCCCUGUUGGUCUAUGACAUCGCCAAGCACCUGACCUAUGAAAAUGUGGAGCGGUGGUUGAAAGAGCUGAGAGACCAUGCAGACACCAACAUCGUCAUCAUGCUGGUCGGCAACAAGAGCGACCUGCGCCACCUCCGGGCCGUGCCCACUGACGAGGCCCGGGCGUUCGCAGAGAAAAACGGUUUGUCUUUCCUUGAGACGUCAGCCCUGGAUUCCACCAACGUUGAAACGGCUUUCCAGACCAUUCUGACAGAAAUCUAUCGUAUCGUCUCUCAGAAGCAGAUGUCAGAGCGUCAGGAGAGCGACAUGUCUCCUAGCAACAAUGUGGUCAACAUCCAGGUGCAGCCCACUGAGAACAAACCAAAGAUGCAGUGCUGUCAGAACAUCUAGCCCCGCCCACAUUACCACUACACCUCCACCCCCUCAUAUACCCUGUACCCCCUCAUAUACCCUGUAAACCCCACCUCUACCCCCUCAUAUACCCUGUAAACCCCACCUCUACCCCCUCAUAUACCCUGUACCCCCACCUCUACCCCCUCAUAUACCCUGUACCCCCACCUCUACCCCCUCAUAUACCCUGUACCCCCACCUCUACCCCCUCAUAUACCCUGUAAACCCCACCUCUACCCCCUCAUAUACCCUGUAAACCCCACCUCUACCCCCUCAUAUACCCUGUAAACCCCACCUCUACCCCCUCAUAUACCCUGUAUACCCCACCUCUACCCCCUCAUAUACCCUGUAAACCCCACCUCCACCUCCUCAUAUACCCUGUACCCCCACCUCUACCCCCUCAUAUACCCUGUAAACCCCACCUCUACCCCCUCAUAUACCCUGUACACCCAUCUUGUUUUAGCUCGCCCGGUGAACCCGGUUGGGUGGAGAUUUCACUUUAGAACCAAUUAAAUGGUCUCUCAAAUGUGUGAAUUUGGCCCACCCGGCUCUCAGGGUGAGGUAAACCGGAUGCACCCACUUACUCAGUCUCAUAGGAGUAGUCCCCUCCUCCACUCCCUCCCUCCUCCUGUCCCUCUCUCCCUCCCUCCUCUUCCUCUCCCCCUCUCUCUCUCCCCCACUCCCUCUCUCCUCCUCUCUCUCCCUCCACUCCCUCUCCCUCCCUCCUCUUCCUCUCCCCUCCUCUCCCUCCCUACUGAUCAUGAUCUGAGAAGCCUAGUCAGUGUCUGGAGUAGUGUGUUCCCCAGCUGAGCCUUUUCAGACAGGAAGGCAUUUAUAUUUCUCACUUAGAUUUAAUACUGUUGAAGCGCUGACAUGUCUUACACAGAAAUGUCUUAAUAUAUUCAUGUGAUUUUUCAUUUUCUUCAAUUUAUGACUUCCAUUUUGUGUGUUCCUUGAUUUUUUUUUACCUGUCUUUUUUUAAACGUUUUUUUUUCUUCAAAUAUUGUAUCAUAUUUCCUACUAAUGUGUAUGUAUUUGAAACACACUGAGAAUGCUCUGAUGUGUAUCUGUCUACGACCCCCUCCCAUCAGUUAGCCUCCCUCCCUCUCUCUUUAGUACAAUGUAUUGUUUGACAACGGUAGGUUUUUCCAAACAUGUGGAUGUAUUAAGCACAGUGUACUAGAUAGAAUGUAUGCUCCCUGGUCCAUUGCGAUAGGUGGAGUUUGACAAUUGAUCUGAUUGCUGUAAAUAGCUUAAGUAAAGACUUGUGCAUUAGAUCUGUUUGCGGAUGGCUUCAACCAUGCCAAUGGACAGACAGGGCAGGCAUCAAAGUACCUAACACGUAGAGGAACAACAGCUUUGUAAAAACACUUUUUAAACGUUUCCCCAAAUGGAACCCUAUGCCCUACCAUAUAUAGUGGACUACUUGUGACCAGGGCCCAUAGGGUUCCAUUUGGGACACAGAAUUCGUCACUUUGUUUACAGUCAGUCUGUGGCAGGUCAGCUUAGCAUGUUAGGAUAAUGAUGAUGUCACUUCAUGGCACCGCUUUGCAUGUUUUUUUUAUCUUCGUUUAAAAGAUAAAUGAGUUAUCAGUACUCUCUGACUGAAUUUAUCACUGAGUUAUCAGUACUCUCUGACUGAAUUUACACUGAGUUAUCGUAACUCUCUGACUGAAUCUAUCACGGAGUUUUCGUAACUCCCUGACUGAAUGUGAAACACUACCAUUGCCCAGAGGAUGCAGUUGGCUAGACGGUGACCGUGGUGAAUUAAUAUAGAAUUUUUUCCAUUUAAACAUUUCUGAACUCUCUUGGAUAAAUUGAGCGUACAUAGUUACAGACGUCUUUAAAAACAUAGUCAGAGAUGUCUGUAACAGGAAGUGACUAGCAUUAUAGUCAGUCAGGGACUUCAUUUCAAUUCAGGAAAUACACCUAAUUCCAAUUGCACAUUUUCCUCAUUGAAAAACAUGGGAGAGAAUAAGGUAUUUCUGUUUUUACUUUGUGACUUGAAAUAGCAUUAGUCAGUCAAAUUACACAUUAGGUUCCUAUUUUCAACAUGAUCAAACUACAGAAUAAUGAUACCCGCUGUAGUGUUCUGGCCCAAACAACUAAAAUCAAGUCAAAUCACAUUUUAUUUGUCACAUACACAUGUAUAGCAGAUGUUAUUGCGGUUGUAGUGAAAUGCUUUGUGCAACAGUGCAAUAAUAUCUAACAAUUCACAACGAUACACACCAUUUAAAAGUAAAAGAAUGGAAUUAAGAAAUAUAUAAAAUAUUAGGACGAGCAAUGGCGGAGUGGCACAGACUAAAAUACAGUAGAAUAGAAUACAGUAUAUACAUAUGAAAUGAGUCAAGCAGAAAUAUGGAAACAACAUAUAGACUAACCAACACAUUCUAGGUAUUUCUCUUCAAGUAAUACCUUCUCUUGAAUAUGCAUGUAUACUACGUCUAGUGUAAAUGUGAUGCUAUACUAUAGUCUAUGCAGCGACAGUCCGAUACCAGAGAAUAUUAAUUGACAUAUUUUAUUUGACGAAAUAUCAAACUGUGGGGAAAAAAAGAUGUCAUGAAAUUAGUUGCUGACAAGAUACUAUUCAAUAGGAAUCAGGCUGGUAUUCUAGCCUUGUAUUGCUGGUCUAGUUAUGUGUUCAUAAUCAGGCUGGUAUUCUAGCCUUGUAUUACUGGUCUAGUUAUGUGUUCAUAAUCAGGCUGGUAAUCUAGCCUUGUAUUACUGGUCUAGUUAUGUGUUCAUAAUCAGGCUGGUAUUCUAGCCUUGUAUUACUGGUCUAGUUAUGUGUUCAUAAUCAGGCUGGUAAUCUAGCCUUGUAUUACUGGUCUAGUUAUGUAUUCACAAUCAGAAUGUCUAUCAGUUUGCAUUCAUGUCAAGAAGCAUCUGUUAGUAAAACAUCAUGUUUUAAAAACAUAGAUUGGAUCUUUGUACCAAAUGUCACCCUAUUCUAAAGUAGUGCACUAGAUAGGGAAUAGGGUGACAUCCAUAUGCUGGGUCACAUUAUUUAGGUUAGCUGCUGUUCACUCUCAGUGCCUCCCUCUACCACUCAUUAAAAUCCAAUAACUCAACUAACCACCUCUACUCCCAUCUACCAUAGAACGUUCCUACUGGUCAACUAACCACCUCUACUCCCAUCUACCAUAGAACGUUCCUACUGGUCAACUAACCACCUCUACUCCCAUCUACCAUAGAACGUUCCUACUGGUCAACUAACCACCUCUACUCCCAUCUACCAUAGAACGUUCCUACUGGUCAACUAACCACCUCUACUCCCAUCUACCAUAGAACGUUCCUACUGGUCAACUAACCACCUCUACUCCCAUCUACCAUAGAACGUUCCUACUGGUCAACUAACCACCUCUACUCCCAUCUACCAUAGAACGUUCCUACUGGCCAACUAACCACCUCUACUCCCAUCUACCAUAGAACGUUCCUACUGGCCAACUAACCACCUCUACUCCCAUCUACCAUAGAACGUAUCUACUUACCGGCCAACCACCCUCUAUAUAGCUCCAGCUAUCACCAGACAGACCUGCAUCAAAUACUUCUAAAUACUUGAGCUGAUUCUGUUUGCCUUGUUCAAUGGGACCAACAGAAUAGUCCCAAAAGUGCAAACCCACCAAGCUAAAUCACGCGCACCUCAAAAUACUUGAAAAUACUUUAAAAUUAUUUCCCAGUUUUUUCUAAAAUAUGAAGUAUUUAAAAGUAUUUUUUUAGACACAGUUAUGUACUUUUUGCCCAUAUCUGGUCUGGCUCUUAUCACGUUGUCCAGUGUUAUCACAGUCCGUCACAUUAAAGCCUGUUUACACCAAGCUGCCUCUUACUUCAACACAUGGCUUUCUACUUCCUUAAUAUAGUCCCAAUAUUAUUAUUAUGCCUUACGUAUGUAGCUAGGUCAUUAUUGUUAUUAUUAUUAGUAGUAGUAGUAUAUAUCUGUUCUGCUGAGGUCUGCUUGUUCCAUAUUAAAACCCCUCAUGUAUAUCCUCUCUCUCUAUAAGCCACCUGCUUUAGGCAGAGGAACAGUGAUGAGUGUAAACGAUGUGGCUAACUAAGGUUAGAUGUCACGGUCGGGCUCCAUUUCAGUUCAGACAAUCCAGAAAGUAAACUGAAAUGUAUUUCCUGGUUUGACUGCAUUAAAAUGGACUUGAAACCCAACCAUGAGAGGUGUAAUGUAACCUGCUGAUCCCCACCUGGAUGCUGCAGCUAGAUGCCAUGCCUAACACGUCCAUAGAGGCUCUAAUGUAGUGAUAUUACUAUAGCCUGGUCCCAGAUCUGCCUCUUAUUACUAUAGCCUGGUCCCAGAUCUGCCUCUAAUUACUAUAGCCUGGUCCCAGAUCUGCCUCUAAUUACUAUAGCCUGGUCUCAGAUCUGCCUCUUAUUACUAUAGCCUGGUCCCAGAUCUGCCUCUAAUUACUAUAGCCUGGUCUCAGAUCUGCCUCUUAUUACUAUAGCCUGGUCCCAGAUCUGCCUCUAAUUAUUAUAGCCUGGUCCCAGAUCUGCCUCUUAUUAAUAUAGCCUGGUCCCAGAUCUGUCUCUUAUUACUAUAGCCUGGUCUCAGAUCUGCCUCUUAUUACUAUAGCCUGGUCCCAGAUCUGCCUCUUAUUACUAUAGCCUGGUCCCAGAUCUGCCUCUUAUUACUAUAGCCUGGUCCCAGAUCUGUCUCUUAUGUAGUGAUAUUACUAUAGCCUGGUCUCAGAUCUGUUUUUGUUUUUGCCUAGUCCAUUGUCAAGCCAAACCAUGUUUUACAUGACAGUUCCAUAUGGAGUUGGGAAGAGAGCAUAAACAGACUGGCACCCAGGCUAAUAUUACUACCACCAGAAACUAAAAUGACAUUUCUGAACUCAAAUGACAUUCCUGGUGGCACUAAUGUCACUACAUAUCCUGUAUAAGGGUGGGAUGUUUACGUACAAAACCGAUGUCGGGGUGAAUUCCAUUUCAAUUCCAGUCAAUUCACGAAGUUCAAAUUCUCUUUUCAAUGAAAACAUUUUUUGUGAUUUGUUUACUUUUCCGAAAUUGAAAUGGAAUUGACGCCAACCCUGGCGCGCGCAUCCGAGAGGCGGGAAACUGACAGGGUUGGCUUAGAAUCAUAGGAUUAUUGACAACAUGUAAACUAUUUAGUCUCUAAAUGUUUAUUGAAAACAUAAAUCAGUUUACAUCAUUGUUGUAACGUUGCCAGGCAACCCAUCUAUAGUUCCACUGCUCUUAUCACUGAUGUAGGACGGAGGUUCCUGCUAAAUCACAUUACUAAUAUUUCAGAGUUAGCCUGGUUAAACCAGACUCGAGUGCUGCGCUCACCAUUUGAAACAACAGUGAAAUGUAGCUAAGUCAGUUGUGAUUCCAGGCUAUUUCAGAGUGUUCUGUUGAACUCCUACUGUAGCUGUAUCUGUGUGUGAUGGUGGUAUUGUAACCAUGGAAAUAUAGCGCUUGAGCCCCGUGUGCGUGUGUGUGUAUAGAAGCAAAGGUAGGUAGCUAUUGAUUGAGUGUGUCCGUCUGACAGUACCAAUGGCGUUAUCUAACAGACGGUACUGUCAGCCUGUCAACACACAACUAGUGCACCAUAUUCCCUAUCUAGUGCACUACUGUUGAUCAGGGCCCAUAGGGAUCUGGUCAAAAGUAGUGCACUAGAUAGGGUAUAUAGGAUACCACUUCGAACUAGCAGUCUAUGGAAGUGUAGAGAAGUGAAUGUUUUUGUCCUUGUUUGAAAAAUGAUUUCAAGCCUUCUCAUAUACCUCCAUUGUUUUUUAAUGAACUGUGUCUUUGGUUCAUGAUUGUUGUCGAACUAUAAUGACAUGCUGUCACUAUAACUGAUUGUAAUUCCAUUGUAAAACAUUUGAAAGUCAAACGAUGUAAUUUCAAUGCAUUUGGAGGAUUAUAUAUGUGUGUGGGGGGGGGGGGGGGUAGUCGAAACGGACGCUUUUAUGUUUUGUACAGAUUGAUCAAUUGUAAAAUUGUGUUUUUGUUUAAUCUUAAGUUAUCAAUUCAUAUUAAUAAAGCGCACCAGUCAUAAACAUUUCAACUCUCUCAGUUGGUAUUUGCAUACAAAGGCAGAAUAACAUUUAAUUUGGUAACAAAUUAUCGGACAUUUAAUUUGGUAACAUUUAUUGGACAUUUAAUUUGGUAACAAAGUAUCGGACAGUAUUUUCUGACAAGGAAUACAUGGCGAGCAGCACGGUUGGGAUCAAUUACACUGAAAUUCCAAUUUUCUUCAAUGCUUUUCAUUUAGGAAAAUAGCAGCGAGCAGCAAUGAACGGGGUUCACAGGAUGACAGAAAGGACACAGGAUCAGUUAGAUAACAAAGCAAGCACUCAAUCAUGUAUGAACUAUCUUCCUUUAUGUGCAAUCAGUGAAAGCAUUACCAUGUUUAUCUCAAUACCACAAGUAUGAUGCAAGUGAAGUUUAGUCUAGUAAUGUAGGUUGGUUAUUUUGAAUGCAGCAGGCAAUUAUUCUUAAAGCCAAUUCCUUCAUGUAUUGAGUGUUAUAUAUGCUGACUGCGUAAGCCACAUAAAAAGGCAACAAUGUGAUAAUAAAGAAAUACUAAUCAAGAUA